AUGAAUGUCGAAUUUGACCAGCACGCGGGGGACGGGCUGUUGGACUUGACCACAUUCGACCACCUUAACCGAAACCGAUACCAAUCCUAUCCUCUGCAGCACUCCACUGCUGUCUCCUCGCCCAGCGGCUCUCAGCACUCACAUGCGCAUACGCACUCGCACACGCAUUCGCAGUCCCAUUCGCAUUCGCCCUCGCCUACCCAGCAGAGUGCCAGUCCGCUACAGCAAUCUCCAACAUUUCCAUCCGUAGCGCAUGUUCACUCGCCCGCUCUGCUAACCGAUUGGACUCUGCUUCAGCACCAGCAGCAGUUCCCAGCGGGCCAGGAUAUCUCGCAUUUUAUCCAGGAGCAGCCAUUGAUACCCUUCCAUCCCUUCCAGGCCAGCUUCCAGGCCAAUGCACUUGGAUACCUGCCAGCUACGACCCAGGGCCCCAUGGAUCCUAUGGCCGCCCAGGCUUUUAGCACCAUGUCUCCCAUCGAUGACCAGCAGGCCCUGCAGCAAAAUUGGGAAGGUAUGGGGAUGGCAAACUGGCAAGAUUUCGGCACUUCAUUGCAGUUCCCCGCCGAUGGCCUGCCCCGUUACGGAAGCAUGGGCAGCCAAUCUCCCACGGGGACCUACUUGGAGGUGCUUUCUCUGGGCUCUAGCGACCAUGGCUGGAAUCAGGUCGACAUGUACCAGAACUACGACCAGUAUCAGCAGGUUCAGGCUCAGGCACAUGCACAUGCACAGAAUGCCGCCAUCUUCAACCCGAGCCAGACACUCCACCUAAGAACGAGUUCCGACGCUUCCCACUCCGAUGGUAGCCAAGCUCUCGACCUCAGUAGUAGCUUCGAGGAGGUUCCUCCCUUCAACUACUCGCCAUUCUCGCCCGGCUCAGAUCACAGUUACUCGGAUCCCACGGCCCACAGGAAUUGCUUCCACGGCGACCAUCAACACAGCCACGAGGAAGUCAGCUCGUCUACUGCUGUUGCGCCAAUGCCCAUCAAGUCUACAGCUUCGUCGCCUUCGUCGAGUAGAAGCACCGGGUCGGGUUCUGGAGUCGUCUCUCCCACACAACCCACUGUCAGGAGAAAUUCGGGCCCAAGAAAGAGCCCGAUUGCCAAGUCUACCGCCAAGAACACCAUCAGGAGAACAUCAAAUGGCAAGAAGGACGGUACUGUUGAGAAGAAGGUUGGCCGAAGAAAGGGACCUUUGCUUCCCGAGCAGCGUAAGCAGGCCAGCGAAAUCCGCAAGCUACGUGCUUGUUUGCGCUGCAAGUUCCUCAAGAAGACCUGCGACACUGGCGAGCCUUGCAACGGUUGCCAGCCUUCCCACGCCCGUCUCUGGCAGGUUCCUUGCACCCGUAUCGAUAUCAAGGAUAUUGGCUACUUCAUGAAGGACUGGAAGGCCGACUAUGAGCGCCACCUUGUCCGCGGGGUUUCCGUCUACAAUGUGAAGGGCUUUGAGAAGACGGAGACUCUCAUGUGGAUUACUCACGGCUAUGGCUUCUGCCUGCCCGUCAUGGUUCGCCAAGUUUUCGUCGCAGACGAGAGCUGCUUCGGGGUUGACUGGGUUGAGUCAUACCAACCUGACCAAGAGCCUAUCGAGUUCGAGAUCAAGACCGAGAAGCUUGACGUUGGCGAGAAGGGUAUCAGCAUGGAGGCAUUGGCCGAGUAUCUCGACAAGCACAUUGAUGGCGCAUUUGAGUCCUUUGUUGAUGACCACUUUGAGGGUACCCCAUUCAUCACUGAGAUCCUCAAGACGGCUCACCGUUUCUAUGUCAAGGAGAAGCUUCCGGUCAUUCGCAAGGCGCUUAAGCUCGUCUUGGCUUACAACCUUACCAUGCACAUUACACUAAUUGAGCAACAAGGCUCUGAGCACAUGUUGGAUGGUCAAAUCGAUGACGAGGACUCUAAGUACUACGGAAAGUACGUCGCUCCCGUUCUGAUCAACUUCCAGAUCAAAUGUGCUAUGGCCGAGAUGUGGCGUGAGCUGCAAAAGGAGAUUCUUGAAGAGCUGUCUCAGCUCUACUCUAGUGUCUACAGUGGCGAUCGUCUCAAGAACUGGCCCACAAUCUUCAUGUUGGCCUGCGUCCUUCUUGCCGUCUGGGAGGAGAUGCAAUUCGACUGCCACUACAGAGUUCCUGACCCUAUUGCCGUCGAGAAGUUCUGCAGCGAUAUGGAGACCACUCCUGUCGGCGUCAUCACUGGUCUCUUCCACGCCAUCUCGCAAAAGCUGCCCGCCCUUACCGACUGGGAUAGCCAGCGUCACGGCCAACUCCUCAACAACAAUGUCGCCGUGUGCGAGGCCAUGACUGAAGUUCGACAACACGUUCUCAAGCAUGAAUCUUACCUGCGAACGCGUAACGCUUCCAAGUUUGACAGGUACGAUUUCGACUCAUUAUCGAACAAGUUCCUGUCAAAGUUGGUCAUCAAGGCCAACUAG